AAAAAAACCUAGCUCAAAAAAAUUGAGCUGAAUCUUCUCGGUUCAUCCAUGGAUAAUUCUCGUUCCUGCAAGAAUUGUCAAAAGCGUACAAUCGGUUCAGAUGAUACAACAGGUAAUGCCGUUUGUUUAUCAUGUGGAGUUUUACAAGAUUACGAUAAUUAUGAUGCCCAAAUCGGUGGAAUCAGUGGUCCAACCGGAACACAAGUCCGCACCGGCACCGCCGGUACCGGAACUGUUUAUAACUACAACGAAACAAAAAUUUACAACGCCCAGAAAGAAAUCGAAGAUUUAAUGUACCAAUUAGGAUUUUCGAGCUCGAAAUCUAGUGAAGUUAAGGAUAUGGUAGUGAAAGUUACUAACGGCGAAUACGGCCAGGGUAGAUGGUUUACUGUAUUAAUAGGGGCUUGUGCUUGUAUUGUUAUGAGGAUAGAUGGGAAGCCGUUGGCUAUUGUUACGGUAGCAAAUAUAGUGUGUUGUGAUAUUUAUGAAUUGGGUAGGAUGGUUUAUCGGGUUGUUGAUUUUCUUGAUUUGAAGUUGCCUGAAUUUGAUAUUGUUGAUUCGUUCGAGCAUUCUAUUAGGAAUGCUCCGAGUUUUAGUGAGGUUUCUGAGGAUUUGAUUGGGAGGAUGUUGAAACAGGGUGUUUUUUUGGUGCAGUGUUUGGUGAAGUGGUAUGUGACAACAGGGAGGAGACCGUUGCCUGUUGUGGCAGCAGUUUUGGUGUUUGUUGCACAGUUGAAUCAAGUUGAUGUGGUGAUUGAGGAUGUGGCGAAUGAGUUGCAAGUGGCGGUUGUUACUUGUAGGUUGAGGUAUAAGGAGCUUUUAGAGAGACUUGUAAAGGUUGCUCGAGGUUUGCCUUGGGGUGAGGAUGUUACGGUUAAGAAUAUUAUGAAGCAUGCGACUUUUGUUAUUCAAUACAUGGAGUUGAAGUCAAUGUCGAAGAAUAGAAAUAAAAAUAAGAAUUUUGAGGAUGUUGGGUUUGAUCUGGAUUAUUUGAUUGAUGAUUGUUUGAGCAACGGAAAUGACUAUGCUUUAGAUGCUGACGACACCGUAAAUGACUCGCAGUACUUUCAGAUAGAUCACUCUACAAGGUUGAGUAUUGAAGGUCCAAAUAGAUUCCAAAUUUCCCAAGAGUGUUUGGCAAUGAUUUAUUCGAAGAUGAAGAAUGAAAUGUAUGUACAGGAGUCGACAAAUAGCAGAGAUAAUAGCAUUAGGAAAAGGAAGAGAAGGUAUGGCAUGCUUUCAUACACAGAUUGGUGGAAGGGUGAAUCAGAAAUGAGCAAAAAGCUUUUAGUGAAGCAAAUAGUGGAGAAAGAUGUGGGCUUUAGUGUUAUGCCUCCUUCUUUUGAUAGGGGUUGCUUGGCAUAUGAAAGGAGAAAAGAGAAGAUAAAGGCUGCAAAGUAUCGAAUCCAUAAGACAAUGUAUCCUUCGGAUGCUAGUUCAAUUGAUACGAUUGAUGUAGGCUCCCUCGAACACGUAAAUGCUGGAAAGAGAAGGAGAAAGAAAAUGAAAUUUGAUGUUGAUUGGGAGGAUUUCAUUAUUGAAACCCUUCUGCUUCAUCAGGUGGAAGAAGUGGAGAUAGAAAAGGGGUAUUAUAAGACCCUGAUGGACUUGCAUGUUUUCAACUAUUGAAGAUCUAACCGGUCAGCUCAAACCAUUGUCAGUUUAUGUAAAACUAUUGCAGAGAAAAAUUAUGUAUGUUUCUUUGACCGAUCCUGCUAGAGUAUAGGGGAACUUUUGUUAAUAUUUUCAAUCUGUAGAUUUGCUGAGUUCCAUACUUUUGCUAUAAUGAGAGAGAUACUGG